AUGACUAUAGUAUGUUGUUUUAAAUCAAAUAUAUCACAAAUAUUAGAGAUUAUUAUUUAUAAGAUUUUAUCAGCAAAAUAAUUCUAUACCCUCACCCUUAACAUCAUGUUGUGUUAUCGUAAACACUCUCUAUUUACCAAAAAGUACCACAUCUUCAAAAAUGACACUCAAAUUCACUUAGGAGAAACCAUUACUAAAAUAAAAUAUACUAUCAAUCUUACUCCUUAAACCAUGAUUGAUUGGUCAAUUGAUCAUUAAACCAAAUAACUCAAUGGAUUUUGGUUAAGUUGGAAAAAACAAUAGAAGUUCUUCUUGAUGGAUGCAACAACUUGCACCUUACUCAAAUCAACUCUAAAUGGCAUAGUGACCUAUGGAAAACACCAAAUUCUUUAUGAACCCAUCCAAUGUCUAUCACACAGCUCUUUUGGUUCUAACUUCUAGCUUGUAAAAAUGAAAUAUCUUGACUCAAGAGAUUCAUACUUAUGUAAAACGAUUUAAAAAUGUCUACAAUAUACUGAUGAUGAUUUCUAUUACUAAAUUGAAAUCCUUCGAUCCUUGGAUCAUUCAAACAUAAUCAAGUUGAAAGAAGUCUACAACAGCAACAAGAAUUAUCAUUUCGUCUUCGACUUCCCUCUAGGAGGUUCCUUGGCAGAUCUAAUUAAAUCCAAAUAAUUAUAAUUCAAAGAAGUGUAAUUAAUUAUUAGACAAUUGAUGUCCACCAUCUCCUUCAUUCAUUCAAAAGGCUAUGUCCAUAGAAACUUAAAACCAGAACACAUCUUCUUCAAAGAACCAAACAAUUUAGAAACUCUCCUCAUUUCAGAAUUCGAAUUGGGAUGCAGUCUAGUUGAUUUCCCAAAUAAACAUCCCAAUUGUAGAGUUCACGGUUACACUGCUCCUGAAAUUAAGUCCAAAAUAUUUACUUAAAAAUGUGAUAUCUUUAGCUGCGGUGUCAUUUUAUACAAAAUUUUAACUAGAAAAGAUUUGUUUGAUCAUGAGUCAAUCAAUUAUGAUGAAAAAAUGAUGUUGCAUUUGAUCAAUCAAUCAGAUAUCAAUCCAUAAUACUAGAAUUUACUAAGACAGAUGCUUCAAUUCAACCCAGACCUGAGGGCAACGGCAGAUCAAUGCUUAACUAUUAUUGAUUCAAUUUUAGAAAGAACUCCUACAUUCUCCAAUUUUCUCGAUAGAUUCAAUUUAGAUAAUGAUGGAAUAAAUGACGAAAUCAUUUCAAUUGAUUUGAUUUAGGAUUAAGAAGAAUUAACUGAAAAUCAGGAUUUUAUACAAAAACUGCCAAUAAUCCAGAUUAAUAAAAGAAUUGAAAUGUCCUAUUGA